AAUUCGAGGCAGCUAGAAAUAUUCUCUCUAAUGUUUGCAUUAUUUACAAAUGUUUUAUUUCCUUUUCUUCUGGUAGAUACACCACAAAAUGGCCGCCGCAUGACACAAUCGACGCCGAUUGUUAGCAGCUCACUACAACAGCAGGUGGACAGGAAGACACCGCCAACAUGUCUGACAAGAAGAUGUCAUCCAGCCGCCGGCAUCACCUCAAGAGUUUGAUCCUGCACAUCGCCUUCGCCUGGAUCGAGCAGGAGAAGAAAGACCUGGUGGUGACCAAGCAGGCCUACAUGGCCGAGCACUGUGUCAGACCCAGCAUGAGCGGAGACCAGGCCGCCCUCAUGGAAACGUGCAGGAAGCUCAACGCCCUCAUCGAGAAGGUGGACGAGGAGCGGUACGACAUGGAGGCCAAGGUCAACAAAGCCGACAAAGAGAUUGAAGACCUGAAGAUCAAAGUCAUCGACCUGGCGGGAGUCAAGAAGCCCGCCCUGAAGAAGGUGCGCAUGUCUGCCGACGCCAUGUUGAAAGCUCUGCUGGGCUCCAAACACACCGUCAACAUGGAGCUCAGGGCCAACCUCAAGCAGGUCAAGAAGGAGGUCAAAGAGGAGCCAGCAGAGGCGGUGGGCGACUGGCGGAAGAACAUUGAAGACAAAGCGGACAGGAAGAAGAUGUUUGAGACCUCCUAAAAGAAUUUGCUCGUUGCACUUUUCAUUUCCCGUGGAAUCUUUCAUUAAAUCUUGUCUCACUUUCACUUUUCACGUGUCCUCACUUCCUGCCCCCGUCAGCAUGCUUCACUUCCUGCUCUCCAUCGACUGUUAUGUCGGCUUGUGCUAA